GGGUGGGCGUCGGUGCCUGCAGGGCUCUCCGUGGCCGCUCGGGAGAGGUGCUUUUCGCUCAGGCUCCCCUGGAGACUUGAGGGGGUGCGCGCUGGCGUGCAUGGGGCCUGUUCUGUCCUUGCUUUGGGGAUGCUCCUAAGGGGGGAGAAAGGGAUAACUCGGGUGCUUGGAGGUCGAGAGACGGAUACGUAAGUGCGCAAGGGCCACUGAUUAGGGCACGGGAAGGGCUCGCUAGAAUGAGCUCUUAAACUGGUUGGGUGUAAGCGGUUUUGGGCUAGUCUAAACCAAACAACCGAGAAUCAACGCGGGGUUCCUGCAGGUUGAGAGAGUACCUGUCUGCAAAUGUCCAGUAGUGAUGGAUUGCCUUGUAGGCCCCAGAGCAAUCGGGGAAGUUAGUAUUCUUGUUCAGGAAGCUGCUGGUUCACUUAGAGCUAUAAAAGAAUGUUUUGAGUUUGGGAUUUUCUUUCAAACGUUCAGGAUUGAGGUUGGGGCUGGUGGUGAGGGACCAUGUAAAGAGGUUUGAGUGGCUGCCUUAGGUCCCGGUGUGGAAAGCUUAUUCUUUUGGUGUCAUCACGUGGCCAUGGGAAUUAUUUAGAAUGUGAUCUGCCCUCAUGAGAAGAAAGGAGCUCUGAAGCCAUUGCAGUUCUUCCUCCCUAUGUGGAAAAUCGAAUUUCUGGAAACAUCCUCUAUACUGGAAUUUUGCCUACGUAAAGGCUAUCCUUAUUGGCUAGCGACACUAAUUAUUUUAAAAGUAGGAUGAAAGUACAAGUAUCUGAAGCAUCAUUGGGUUUCGAGCUCACUUCCGUGGAAAAGUUUAAGGGAGUGGGCUAGACUUUCCAGGGAAGUUAUUGCCUGGCUGUGUCCCUCUAGUCCUAAUUUUAUACUUAACUUUCCCCCACCUCCUUCAGCCUCAUCUGUUUCAAUGGUGCAACUCUCUUCAUCCCCUUUUGGUUACCAGUCACCUUCAGGCCAUUCAGAGGAGGAAAGAGAGGGGAAUAUGAAGUCAGCCAAGCCCCAAGUGAACCACAGUCAGCAUGGGGAAAGCCAGCGGGCCUUGAGCCCCCUGCAGUCUACUCUGAGUUCUGCUGCGUCUCCUUCCCAAGCAUAUGAGACCUAUAUUGAAAAUGGACUCAUAUGCCUUAAACACAAAAUUAGAAACAUCGAGAAAAAGAAGCUCAAACUGGAAGAUUAUAAGGAUCGCCUGAAAAGUGGAGAGCAACUUAAUCCAGACCAGUUGGAAGCAGUAGAGAAAUAUGAAGAAGUGGUACAUAAUUUGGAAUUUGCCAAGGAGCUUCAGAAAACCUUUUCUGGGUUGAGCCUAGAUCUACUAAAAGCGCAGAAGAAGGCCCAGAGAAGGGAGCACAUGCUAAAACUUGAGGCUGAGAAGAAAAAGCUUCGAACUAUACUUCAAGUUCAGUAUGUAUUGCAGAACUUGACCCAGGAACAUGUACAAAAAGACUUCAGAGGGGGUUUGAAUGGUGCAGUGUAUUUGCCUUCAAAAGAACUUGACUACCUCAUUAAGUUUUCAAAACUGACCUGCCCUGAAAGAAAUGAAAGUCUGAGCGUUGAAGACCAGAUGGAGCAGUCAUCCUUGUACUUUUGGGACCUUUUGGAAGGUAGUGAGAAAGCAGUGGUAGGAACGACAUACAAACACUUGAAAGAUCUACUGUCUAAAUUGCUGAACUCAGGCUAUUUUGAAAGUAUCCCAGUUCCCAAAAAUGCCAAGGAAAAGGAAGUACCACUGGAGGAAGAAAUGCUAAUACAAUCAGAGAAAAAAACACAAUUAUCGAAGACUGAAUCUGUCAAAGAGUCAGAGUCUCUAAUGGAAUUUGCCCAGCCAGAGAUACAACCACAAGAGUUUCUUAACAGACGCUAUAUGACAGAAGUAGAUUAUUCAAACAAACAAGGUGAAGAGCAACCUUGGGAAGCAGAUUAUGCUAGAAAACCAAAUCUCCCAAAACGUUGGGAUAUGCUUACUGAACCAGAUGGUCAAGAGAAGAAACAGGAAUCCUUUAAAUCCUGGGAGUCUUCUGGUAAGCACCAGGAGGUAUCCAAGGCUGCAGUUUCUUUAGAACAAAGGAAACAAGACACCUCAAAACUCAGGUCUACUCUGCCGGAAGAGCAGAAGAAGCAGGAGAUCUCCAAAUCCAAGCCAUCUCCUAGCCAGUGGAAGCAAGAAACGCCUAAAUCCAAAGCAGGGUAUGUUCAAGAGGAACAAAAGAAACAGGAGACACCAAAGCUGUGGCCAGUUCAGCUGCAGAAAGAACAAGAUCCAAAGAAGCAAACUCCAAAGUCUUGGACACCUUCCGUGCAGAGCGAACAGAACACCACCAAGUCAUGGACCACUCCCAUGUGUGAAGAACAGGAUUCAAAACAGCCAGAGACUCCAAAAUCCUGGGAAAACAAUGUUGAGAGUCAAAAACACUCUUUAACAUCACAGUCACAGAUUUCUCCAAAGUCCUGGGGAGUAGCUACAGCAAGCCUCAUACCAAAUGACCAGCUCCUGCCCAGGAAGUUGAACACAGAACCCAAAGAUGUGCCUCAGCCUAUGCAUCAGCCUGUAGGAUCUUCCUCUACCCUUCCGAAGGAUCCAGUAUUGAGGAAAGAAAAACUGCAGGAUCUGAUGACUCAGAUUCAAGGAACUUGUAACUUUAUGCAAGAGUCUGUUCUGGACUUUGACAAACCUUCAAGUGCAAUUCCAACGUCACAACCGCCUUCAGCUACUCCAGGUAGCCCCGUAGCAUCUAAAGAACAAAAUCUGUCCACUCAAAGUGAUUUUCUUCAAGAGCCGUUACAGGCUACUUCUUCUCCGGUUACUUGUAGCUCAAAUGCUUGCUUGGUUACUACUGAUCAGGCUUCUUCUGGAUCUGAAACAGAGUUUAUGACCUCAGAGACUCCUGAGGCAGCAGUUCCCCCAGGCAAGCAACCGUCUUCACUAGCCUCUCCAAAUCCUCCCAUGGCAAAGGGCUCUGAACAGGGCUUCCAGUCACCUCCAGCAAGUAGUAGUUCAGUAACCAUUAACACAGCACCCUUUCAAGCCAUGCAGACAGUAUUUAACGUUAAUGCACCUCUGCCUCCACGAAAAGAACAAGAAAUAAAAGAAGCCCCUUAUUCACCUGGCUACAAUCAAAGUUUUACCACAGCAAGUACACAAACACCACCCCAGUGCCAACUGCCAUCUAUACAUGUAGAACAAACUGUCCAUUCUCAAGAGACUGCACAGACGAAUGUAUUUCCCAGACCUACUCAGCCAUUUGUCAAUAGCCGGGGAUCUGUUAGAGGAUGUACUCGUGGUGGGAGAUUAAUAACCAAUUCCUAUCGGUCCCCUGGUGGUUAUAAAGGUUUUGAUACUUAUAGAGGACUCCCUUCAAUUUCCAAUGGAAAUUAUAGCCAGCUGCAGUUCCAAGCUAGAGAGUAUUCUGGAGCACCUUAUUCCCAAAGGGAUAAUUUCCAGCAAUGUUAUAAGCGAGGAGGAACAUCUGGUGGUCCACGAGCAAAUUCGAGAGCAGGGUGGAGUGAUUCUUCUCAGGUGAGCAGCCCAGAAAGAGACAACGAAACCUUUAACAGUGGUGACUCUGGACAAGGAGACUCCCGUAGCAUGACCCCUGUGGAUGUGCCAGUGACAAAUCCAGCAGCCACCAUACUGCCAGUACACGUCUACCCCCUGCCUCAGCAGAUGCGAGUUGCCUUCUCAGCAGCCAGAACCUCUAAUCUGGCCCCUGGAACUUUAGACCAACCUAUUGUGUUUGAUCUCCUUCUGAACAACUUAGGAGAAACUUUUGAUCUUCAGCUUGGUAGAUUUAAUUGCCCAGUGAAUGGCACUUAUGUUUUCAUUUUUCACAUGCUAAAGCUGGCAGUGAAUGUGCCACUGUAUGUCAACCUCAUGAAGAACGAAGAGGUCUUGGUAUCAGCCUAUGCCAAUGAUGGUGCUCCAGACCAUGAAACUGCUAGCAAUCAUGCAAUUCUUCAGCUCUUCCAGGGAGACCAGAUAUGGUUACGUCUGCACAGGGGAGCAAUUUAUGGAAGUAGCUGGAAAUAUUCUACGUUUUCAGGCUAUCUUCUUUAUCAAGAUUGAAAGUCAGUACAGUAUUGACAAUAAAAGGAUGGUGUUCUAAUUAGUGGGAUUGAAGGAAAAGUAGUAUUUGCCCUCGUGAGUGGUUUAGGAAAAUGUUUUUGUUCCUAGAGGAAGGAGGAGGUCCUUACUUUUUUGUUUUCCUUCCUAAGGGGAAAAAUCAAGCUGAAUGACAAUUAGCACUAAUCUGGCACUUUAUAAAUUGUGAUGUAGCCUCGCUAGUCAAGCUGUGAAUGUAUAUUGUUUGCACUUAAUCCUUAACUGUAUUAACGUUCAGCUUACUAAACUGACUGCCUCAAGUCCAGGCAAGUUACAAUGCCUUGUUGUGCCUCAAUAAAAAAGUUACAUGCA